UAUGAAUCUUAAGGAACCAGCCCACUCUAAUCUCUCAUUCAUAUAUAUAUAACCUAAAUCUCUAGAAUUUGUUAGAGCUUGUGAGCGCACAAGCAAAUAUAUCGAAUGAAUUAAGGAAUUUUGGUAGUGGAUGCGAUUACAAGUUGGACAUUUAUAAGCGUAUCCCAAUCAAAGGAUCAUUGGCGUAUCAUUCAAACAAACGCAAAAACAAGAGUUAGGAAGAAGGGUUAGAAGGGAGUGGAGGUAUUAUAGGGAACAAUCGUGGAAGCUCAGCAUUUUAACCAGGUUUUGGUGUAGAAGCAUUUUUGAAUCCAGAUCUGGAGUUUAUAUUACAGAGCUGGUGUUGUUGGAGUGUUCUGGGUAUUGGCAUUGCACACUGUUGCAAACACCAUGGCUGCAAAAAUUCUGGCAAAUUUGCUUGUAAUGGGCUCGGGAAUUUUGGCGAGGGCUUUAGUUCAAGCAUACCGCCAAGCUCUUGCAAAUGCCUCAAAGACAGGUGUUGCUCAAGAAGCAAUGCAGAAUGUCAUUCGUAACACCAGUAAAACCAUGACAGAACAAGAAGCCAGACAAAUUUUAGGAGUUGGUGAACACACUUCACGGGAAGAAAUUUUGCAGAAAUAUAACACGCUCUUUGAAAGGAAUGCAAAAUCUGGAAGUUUUUAUCUUCAGUCAAAGGUUCACAGGGCAAAGGAAUGUUUAGAAGCAGCACAAGGAACUAAAGCACAGACUGGUAGUUAGUAUCUGGUAUUAAAGUUAGUGUAGUGCGUUCAGAGCAGCCUUACAGUAUUUGGUCAAAAUUAUGGACAAAUUGUCUUCCCUAGUUACUUGGUCUCUAGCAUCCUUGUUCUAACCUGUAGCAAGGCAGGAAAAUUAACCUUUUAAUUUUUUUGUCCCAUGGCCAUUGUUCCUGCAAGGCUUUGAAUGUCUGCCCAGAGUUUUAUUUUUUUAUUAGUGUGCUUAUGUAGCAAGAAGAGGGGCUGCUUUUUGGGAACACAAAUUCGUGUAUAUGGACUGUUAAAAGACUUGCAAUGUAUAUUACCUUGAAUAGUGUCAGACAUUGUGCACACUGCUGCCUUUGUCCAUUAUUUGAUUUAGGCCUUAAAUAUUUCGGAGACUAAAUCUUGCGUUUGCCUCAAACAACUGGUGAUGAAUGUCUUUAUGGAAGGGAUACAUUGUAUUCUAUGCAAGUUAAAUAAUACGUAUAUUCCAUGCAACCAUUUCUAGUUCUGUCACUGAAAUGGUAUCUUGUCAA